AUGGAGGGGAAUGCUCCAUUCUUUGUCUCAAAGAAUGAAAUCCGCUCUACAAGAGAAAUGCUAAGUAAUGGUUUAAGACCAGAUGGAAGAGAUCCUAAUGAGCCAAGACGUCUUACUGUUGAUUUUUCAGAUGGAGCUGCAAUUGUAAAACUUGGUUCAACAAUUGUUUCAUGCCGUGUUAUCAAAAAUCAAGUUCUCGCAGACGAAAAUCAUCCAAAUCAAGGAUUUUUCUCAAUUGGACUUUCUUCAACUCACAAAAUUGAUUCAUAUUUCCGUGCUGAAACACUUAAUGCUGUACGUGAUAUGUUCAAAAUGAAUAACGCAUUAGAUCUUGAGUCAUUAGUUAUCCAAAUUGGUAAACUUGUUUGGGAAUUAAAAUGUGAGAUCGUUAUUCUAGAAAAUGACGGUGGUUUAUUCGAAGCUAUGACAUUGGCAGUCGGUUGCGGUCUUCUUGCAACAAAAUUGCCAUCAACUCGCGGAGAUAGAUCAUUAACUCUUCAUCAUUUACCAAUUCCGAUUACAUUCGCUCUUAUAGAUCAAAGAACAAGAUUUGUAGAUCCUACAGUACUUGAAGCACUUGCAUGCGAUGGAUUUUUAACCAUUUGUGCAAAUGCUCAAGGUGAAAUUUGUUCAAUCCGUAAAAAUGGAGGUGUUACUCUUCCAUCUACAGUAAUGGACAACUGUAUUGACAUUGCAGUUGAUCUAUCCAAGAAAUGGCACUUAGAUAUCAUGAAUUGUAUGGGAGACAAAGCUCCUCCAUUACUCAAGGCUAUCGUCAGUUACGAUAAUAAGCCACCUGAACCUCCUAAACCGUCUGAAACCGUUGAACAAGAGGUUAUCAAAGAAAUGCGAAAGGAGAACCCUGAAGUCAAACAAGAAUCAGAACACGAGCAAGAAGAAAACGAUGAUGACGACGUUAGUGGCAUGAUUGGCGUUUUUAAUUUCUAA